AUGAAGUGCGCGUUCGCGCUGCUGUGGGCCAUGGCGUUGGUCGCAACGGCGACCUACUGGAUGGAAGAAAUCCGACACCAGGGCGUUGCGCCUUUUAACCCGGAGAACGGUUACCAGGUCUUCAGGAACGUGAAAGAAUGGGGAGCCAAGGGAGAUGGAGCCAUCAACGCCGCCAUCAGCUCUGGACGAUGCGGCGGCCCUCGUUGCAUCGGAUCGACCACCACCCCUGCCGUUGUCUACUUCCCGCCUGGUACUUAUCUCAUCACCACGCCAAUUGUCGGCUUCUACUACACCCAGAUUAUCGGUGACCCUACCGACAUGCCCGUCAUCAAGGGCGCCCCAAGCUUCCCCACCGAGGCAAUCGGCCUUCUGGAUGCUGAUCCCUACAUGGACAAUGGCAAGCUCAACUUCCAGGCGACGAAUGUCUUCUUCCGCCAGCUGCGUAACCUGGUGUUCGACACGAGGGCCAUCCGCGGCACCGCAAUUGCGGUCCAUUGGCCGUCAUCCCAAGCGACCCUGAUCCAAAACUGUGCGUUCAGGCUGUCUUCUCAUCCGGAGGACAACCACGUCGGCAUCUUUAUGGAAGAGGGCAGCGGAGGCAUGAUGACCGACCUGGUUUUCUACGGCGGCAAGCGGGGCGCCCUGUUUGGGAACCAGCAGUACACCAUGCGGAACCUCACCUUCUACGGCUCUGACACUGCCAUCGAACAGAUAUGGAACUGGGGAUGGACCUACAAGUCGCUCAACGUUGUCGGCUGCCGGGUGGGCAUUAACAUGUCUUCCCAGGACGUUGGAUCUGUCACUUUGCUCGACAGCUCGUUCGUCAAUGUCGGUACGGCUCUAGUGACUGGGAAGACCCCUGGGAACGCUACCGGCCUCGGCUCCUUGGUGAUACAGAACGUCGCCUACACGAAUGUCCCGAUAGUCCUGCAAGCUUCAGACGGUCAGCCCCUCCUGUUGGGCGACGCAAACGGGACCGUCUACGACGCAGGCUAUGCGCGGGGCAACAUUUAUACGCCUCACGGACCUGCACUGCUCGAGGGGCGCGGUUUCCCGUUCUCCCAGCCAUCAACCCUCAAACUCGGCGACCGCUACUACGAGAGAUCAAAGCCACAAUACGAGCACUGUCCUGCCUCCUCGUUUUUAUCAUCUCGUGAUUACCACGCCGCGGGAAAUGGCAAGGCCGAUGACACCACUCCACUGAACAAUCUGUUCCGGACCGCUGCGGACUCAUCAUACAUCGCCUUCCUGGAUGCCGGAUACUACCUCGUCACUGACACCGUGUUCAUUCCGCCCAACACUCGGGUCGUUGGCGAAGCUCUGGCCGCCGUGAUCAUGGGAGUUGGCAGCAAGUUCUCGGACCCAAGAAACCCACGUCCUGUGGUUCAGGUUGGAAGACCGGGGGAUGUCGGGUUGGUUGAGAUCAGCGACAUCAUCGUGUCGACGCAGGGUCCGGCCGCAGGGGCCAUCCUGAUUGAAUACAACCUCAACACGCCGGCCGCCGAGAAUAUGUGCAACCCGAACAGCCCGCCUUCGGGACUCUGGGACGUCCAUGUCCGCGUUGGGGGGUUCGCCGGUUCCCAGCUUCAGGUUGCCGAAUGUCCCGUCACGCCGGACCGACCGAACUACGUCAACCCGGCAUGCAUCGCUGGGUACAUGAGCAUGCACAUCACUCCGAGCGCCCGGAACGUGUACAUGGAGAACAACUGGGUGUGGGUGGCAGACCACGACAUCGACGACCGGGAAUCCACCAAGAUCAGUGUGUUCGUGCCUCGAGGGCUGCUCGUUGAGGGCGCGCGCGUCUGGCUGGUAGGCAGCUCCGUCGAGCACCACACCCUGUACCAGUAUCAGCUGGUCAACGCCGCAGACGUGUGGAUGGGCCAGAUCCAGACCGAGACGCCUUACUACCAGCCGAACCCGCCCGCGCCUUUCCCUUUCGCCCUGCUCAACCCGGCCCUGCACGACCCCGACUUCGGACUCGACUGCCAGCCUGGCCCCUUCCACAGCAGCCCGUCGACGCUAGCCGGCGGCCCGCCCUGCGCCAUGGCAUGGGGCCUGCGCAUCCUGAACUCGCGCAACGUGGUCGUCUUCGGCGCCGGCCUGUACAGCUUCUUCAACAACUACGCCACGAACUGCAGCACGGCGAGGGCGGGCGAGACCUGCCAGGCGCGCAUCCUGUGGAUUGGGCCGGAGGGCCCCCCUUCGGGUUCGGCCGCGCACGCGAACGGGAUCGGGACCGGAGGUGGGAGAGGGAGCGGCGGUGCGCCGUUGGGCGUCGAGCUGUACAACCUCAACACCAUCGGCAGCAACCGCGCCACGUUUGCGAGCACGCUGGCGGCGUUUCGCUGUGGGCUGUGA